UCCGCCCACAGGCGACCCUACCAGAGCUUCCAGGCGCUAGGGGGCGGAGUCAGGGGCGCCCCCCAUGGACCCUAUCCUCCCUCCACGCAUCUCUACCCCACCUCCUCCGCCUCCAUGUUCCCCAGGAUUCCCCGGCACCACCAGGCCCACCCGGAGGAGGUGGAGGGGUGCUGCCUGUGCACCGACCAAUGGCCGCAGGCCAACCACCGCCACCACCUCCGCCACCAUGACGCCCCCCCGGUCGCCGCGGAGACACAGUACCUCCCCCCGAUCUCCUGGUACCACCGCCCGACGCCCUAUGAGCAUCCACCCGAACAACACCACCUUCAGCACGGGCAUCCUCAUCCUCCACCACAAGGGUACGCUCACCCCAGGCCGACCAGGCCGCGGGACCCCCCACCGGGUCACCCCAGAGACGACCAGGACCUCGGUCACCACCACCACCACCACCACCACCACCAGCAGCAGCAUCGGCGCAGAACUCAGAGCCGGACGAUGGUGCUGGUGAAGAACAGCGACCCAUCGUACCGCAGGAGCAUCGCGCUGCACCAUGGGGCCCCCAGGAGCCUGGGGCUCUUCCUGGAGGAGGUGUCUGAGCUCAUGCAGUACCGCGUCCGCAAGCUGUACACCUCCGAGGGCCACAAGAUAGACAGCGUGCAUGGUCUCUUGCACGGCCCGAGUGUCCUUAUCUGCGUAGGACGUGAGCCUUCUCACCCCGCCAUCCUCGAGAAUUUGCCGAAAACAGGGGAUGAAAAAGUUCCCAGAUUACAUGUGAGGUUGAGCUCCACUGGCUGUGGUGAGGAACAGGAGAUCCAAGGUGUCGAGAAAAAGAAAACUGCAACCCAGCCCGAAACCAACGGCAGCACCAACAGAUUCCCUGACAUGCCGCUGCCAGGCGGCAGGAAUUCCCUGGAGCCUGUGGACCCCCACCCCAACCCAGAAGAGGCCGUAAUGGACGACGACAUCGAGAAACGCGUUGUCGUCAACGAGGACGGCAGCCUCUCCAUGGAAAUGAAGGUGCGCUUCCGGCUCCUAAACGACGAGACGCUGCAGUGGUCCACGCAGGUCACGAGGAACGGAGGUCCGAAGCCCGGCGAGCAGCGCCAGGGGUGCGGCUACUACCUCGAGCAGAGCAGCGUGGAAAGCUGCUCCGAAUCGGAGUGCGUCGUCUCCGCCUGUGAGACGCAGGAGUUGAGUCUCACCCAGCGCUACCAGAAACACAUGGAGGAGGCCCACUGCACCCACUGCUGUGAUCAAUGUCAGGAGUACCACACCUGGACCAACCGACCGAUUCCAGAAGCGCAGGGAGGUGGCGGCAACGUCAAGUCGUCGAGCUCCAGCGCGUCCUCGCACACAACUGUCUGCAAGAGGACGGAGGUUAAAAACACACAAACUACCUCAAUGUCGAGUGAGGAUUGCGGCGGGCAGGUGGUGGAGACGGAGACAUGGGUGGAGAGCACCAUCAAUACAGUGGACACCAUCGAGUAUUGCACGAUCACGAGCGCCGUGUCCCCUCAGAUGUUUGAGAGAGGAUCUGCCGUGGUCGACGGGGUCGACAGUGCUGAGGAAAUACCAGAGAGAGGAACAUUGGUUCCAACCCAAAGAGAAGAAAGGGCCUGCUCUGCCAUCAGUGCCUCCUCCAUGAUCUUAACGCAUCUCACAGAGAGCCUAGAUGACGAGGAGGAGGACGAUCUUCCUACUGGGGUUUCAAGACCAGAUUUAUGUGCUCAAAAAGGGAGUCCAAGCCCCCGAAGUAGAGGAUCCGUUGCUUCUGCUCAUUCAAGAAUGUCCAAAAUAAUAUCGAAAGCUUCAACUCCAGGGAGAGAAAUGUCCUCACCACUAUCAACAACUUCUAAGUCAUCAAAGACAAAGUGCACAUGUGUACCUUUGGGUGACCCUAUCAAAAAUACACCUGAUAGCAAUAGCCCAAAAAUUGAGAAACGACAGUCAUCAAGUGCCAUGUCUGUUAAAUCUCACACCUCUUCGGGGGAAAUACUCAUCAAUGAGGAUGAAGAUCCCGAAUGCCCUAAAAAGACUAUAAUAGUUCAAAACUCUACUGAGGAGAAGGCGCAAAUGGAUGAAGUUUUGGAUGAAGCAGAAAGUGCUCAAGAGGUAGUUGAAAACAGAGUGACAAGUUCCAUGUCAUCCAGGUCUAGGUCGAACACUUCCACUAGAACCUCACAGGCAUCGGAGCUUCCACCAGAACCAAGUGAUUAUGCAAACAGAGCCCCUAGCCACUUGUCACAAAGAUCAGGAGCUUCUGUAAGAUCAAAUAGAUCAACAAAAAAUAAAAGUCCAGAAGAGCAAGACACAAUGAAAGAUGACGGUGCUGAAAAUACAGAUGAUGAAACAGCUGAAGGAUCUUAUGAGAACCAACCAAAGGAUGAGAGGGUGUCUAGUGCCACGUCAUACAAAUCAGCGAAAUCAACCAAUUCCCAUGUUUCCGCCAGAUCAAUAAAGUCAAUGUCGUCUGAGGUUCAAGCAGAAAUAUCCUCUGAUGAUCACGAGGAACCAAUGGAAAGAGCUCCAAGUAUGCAGUCAGUCAAAUCAACCAAAUCAGCAAAGAGUGAAGCUGGUGACAUUCCUGAUGAUCCUGAUACUGAAGAGGAAUUUCCGGACAGGCCAAAAAGUGCCAGGUCUAAUGCCUCUAACAGAUCGAAUAGAUCAAAAAGAUCUCACCGUUAUUUGGUUUCAGAUGAGGACACUGCAAUAUCUAAGCCUAAAUCAAAGACAUCUACAGUUCCUCCUGAACUUGUAGAGAGCCCAGUAAGCACAACACCAACAAAGUCAGUAGAAUCAAAUGCUUCAGCACUGUCUGCUGAUGAUGAUAAUUUGGAUGGUGAAAAUGCAGAGGAUGUAAUGGAAGAGACAGCAUCCAGUUGCAUUUCAUUCAAAUCCACGGAAUCCACAAAGUCAAAUGAAUCAGCUUUAUCAGAAAAAUCUGAAUUUUCUGAAAUUACUGCUGUAGAAAGUGAUGACAUCUCUGCUGAAGACACUGCAGUAGAGGAAUUCAACAAACCUGAAAACGACAGAUCAAGCUCAAUUUCUAAUGUUUCAGGGAGAUCAAAAAGAUCUAAAUGCUCUGAAAUUCCGUCCGACCAAUGUGUAGAGAUGUCUGAUGAAAUUAUCACAGACGAAGGAGAUAGAUCUAGUGGGAAGUCAGCUAAUUCUCACAUCUCCAGAAGAUCUUGGACUUCAAGGUCCCCUGUUGUGUCGUCGCAAGAAGAUACUGCAGAAGACGAAUGCAAUGUAGAAAGACCAGCAAGUUCCAUAUCAAGAAAGUCUAUAGAAUCACAUGAAUCAGGAAUCUCAAAUAACUCAAAGGCUUUUGCAAGUGAUGAACGAUCACUCAGUGUCUUGUCGGCAAAAUCAACAAAGUCAAAUAUCUCUAGAACCUCCAGAAAGUCUUCUGCAGUUAAAUCUGAAGAAAACUCAGAAAAUGAAACCAACAUGGAAGAGAGAGCUUCAAGCACCAUGUCAAUGAAAUCGACAAAAUCUAAUGAUGAUGAUGACGUUCCUGACAAUGGAUCCACUGCACAGGAAACAACAGCACGUGCAAUGAGUGUCAUGUCAACAAAAUCGGCUAGGUCCAAUGUCUCUGCUAGAUCUAGAAAAGCUGAAGUUCCAUCUGUUAAUGUUGACAAACCUGAUGGGGAAGAUGGCGAAGUCGCAAUUGAAGGCAGAAAGGCUGAGCCGGAACCUGGUGAAAGAGCAGCGAGUGGCAUGUCGGCUAAAUCAUCAAGGUCAAAUCGUUCCACAAAAUCAAAGACAUCAAAAGAACCUGGAGAUCCUGCUGAAGUAGCCAGUCCUACUCCUGAUGAAAAGGUCGCUGAACAGGAAACUGAAGGGCGAGGAAGUGCCAUGUCAGUAAAGUCCAAUAUCUCUGCAAAAUCUGGGAUCUCAAAGACCCCUGUGGCGUUGUCGCAGGAAGAUACUGCAGAAGACGGGUGCAAUGUAGAAAGACCAGCAAGUUCCAAAUCAAAAAAGUCCAUAGAAUCACAUGCAUCAGGAAUCUCAAAUAAAUCAAAAGCCUUUGUAAGUGAGGAAAGACCACUGAGUGUCCUGUCGGCCAGAUCAACAAAGUCAAAUAUCUCCAGAACCUCUAAAAAGUCUUCUGCAGUUAAAUCUGAAGAAAACACAGAGAAUGAAAAUGACAUGGAAGAGAGAGCAUCAAGCGCCAUGUCACUGAAAUCGACCAAAUCUAAUGUUUCUUCAAGGCAGAAGAAGUCUAAAUACUCUGAUGCUACUGAUGGAAAGGGUGAUUUGGUAGAGAUUGAGUCAGAGGUGAGAGCUCCAAGUAAUAUGUCCUCAAAAUCAACCAAAUCAGCAAAGUCCAAUGCUCCUGGCGUAUCCAACAAAUCCAAGGAUUCGGAAAGUUCGACUGUAAAUAGUGGUUAUGUUCCAGACAAUGGAACCACUGCAAAAGAAACGACAGAGCGUGCAACGAGCGCCAUGUCAACAAAAUCUGCUAGGUCCAAUGUCUCUGCUAGAUCUAGAAAAGCUGAAGUUCCAUCUGUUAAUGUUGACAAACCUGAUGGGGAUGAUGGAGAAGACGCAAUUGAAGGCAGAAAGGCUGAGCCGGAACCUGGUGAAAGAGCAGCGAGUGGCAUGUCGGCUAAAUCAUCAAGGUCAAAUCGCUCCGCAAAAUCAAAGACAUCAAAAGAACCUGGAGACCCUGCUGAAGUAGCAAGUCCUAUUCCUGAUGAAAAGGUGGCUGAACAGGAAACUGAAGGGCGAGGAAGUGCCAUGUCAGUAAAGUCCAAUAUCUCUGCAAAAUCUGGGAUCUCAAAGACCCCUGUGGCGUCGUCGCAGGAAGAUACUGCAGAAGACGGGUGCAAUGUAGAAAGACCAGCAAGUUCCAAAUCAAAAAAGUCCAUAGAAUCACAUGCAUCAGGAAUCUCAAAUAAAUCAAAAGCCUUUGUAAGUGAGGAAAGACCAGUAAGUGUCCUGUCGGCCAGAUCAACAGAGUCAAAUAUCUCCAGAACCUCUAAAAAGUCUUCUGCAGUUAAAUCUGAAGCAAACACAGAGAAUGAAAACGACAUAGAAGAGAGAGCAUCAAGCGCCAUGUCACUGAAAUCGACCAAAUCUAAUGUUUCUUCAAGGCAGAAGAAGUCUAAAUGCUCUGAUGCUACUGAUGGAAACUGUGAUUUGGUAGAGAUUGAGACAGAGGUGAGAGCUCCAAGUAAUAUGUCCUCAAAAUCAACCAAAUCAGCAAAGUCCAAUGCUCCUGGCGUAUCCAACAAAUCCAAGGAUUCAGAAAGUUUGACUGUAAAUAGAGGUGAUGUUCCAGACAAUGGAACCACUGCAAAAGAAACGACAGAGCGUGCAACGAGCGCCAUGUCAACAAAAUCAGCUAGGUCCAAUGUAUCUGCUAGAUCUAGAAAAGCGGAAGUUCCAUCUGUUAAUGUUGACAAACCUGAUGGGGAAGAUGGAGAAGACGCAAUUGAAGACAGAAAGGCUGAACCGGAACCUGGUGGAAGAGCAGCGAGUGGCAUGUCGGCUAAAUCAUCAAGGUCAAAUCGUUCUGCAAAAUCGACGACAUCAAGAGAACCUGGAGAUCCUUCUAAAAGGAAUACAGCCAGUCCUGCUGGAGAUGCAAGUCAUCUUCCUGAUGAAAUGGCGAAUGAACAGGAAACUGCAGGGCGAGGAAGCGCAAUGUCAGUAAAGUCCAACAUCUCUGCAACAUCUGGGAUCUCAAAGACCCCUGUGGCGUCGUCGCAGGAAGAUACUGCAGAAGACGAGUGCAAUGUAGAAAGACCAGCAAGUUCCACAUCAAUAAAGUCCAUAGAAUCACAUGCAUCAGGAAUCUCAAAUAAAUCAAAAGCCUUUGUAAGUGAGGAAAGACCACUAAGUGUCCUGUCGGCCAAAUCAACAAAGUCAAAUAUCUCCAGAACCUCCAGAAAGUCUUCUGCAAAAUCUGGGAUCUCAAAGGCCUCUGGAAACCAACACAAAGUCCACGGUGUAAAUAACGAGGAAGCUCAAGAGAGACCAGCAAGUGCACAUUCUGAAAGCACAGCUGAUGUUUCUGAUGAACCAAAUGGUCCUGAGGACCGAGCACCAAGUGCCUUGUCAGCAAAGUCUGCAAGGUCCUGUGUAAGUACCAAAUCAAACAAAUCGGUAAAAUCCAAUGCAUCAUCAAUAAUAUUGAAGAAAUCCAAAGAUAGUGAAGAAAAAAGGGUUGAGCUUAUCGCAGAUACAGAAGAUGAUAUUGAAGAGAGAGCAGGAAGUUGCGUCUCAAAUACAACAGAAAAUUCUCAAAUUCUCAUGAGAAACCAAAACUCAGUAUCUGCUGAUUUAUCAGAUGUUGAAAGUCCUGAUGGAGAAAAGAACCGCCAGCUAACGACAGAGAAAGCAGAAAGCUGUAAAUCUGUUAAAUCAAAGAAAUCCAAACAAAGAGAUAUUUCAAUUAACAAUGACAACGAAGACAGAGCAUCCACAAAAUCCAUCAAGUCUCUUGUUUCUGUCAGUUCAAUGAAGUCAAACUCAAAUGAUCUGUCAGAAUUACACGCCACUGACAAUGAGGAUAGACCUCCAAGCAUCGUUUCAGUCAAAUCCCAAAAAUCAAACGUUUCAACUGUAUCUGCCCAUUCAAAGGUUUCUGAAUUAACCACUGGUCAUGGAGAUGAUAUUCUGGAUGCAGGACUUGCCGAACAGGAAUCAGAGGUCAGAGCGCCAAGCAACAUGUCCGAAAGGUCGGCAAAGUCUGGCCUUUCUGCAAAAUCCGGCAUUUCUGCAAAAUUGAUGUGUUCAAAGGCAUCAGAAGUUCAGUUUGAAAGACCAUCAAGUAUAAGAUCCGAAAAGUCAAAUGUUACAAUGACAAAUGAACAAGCAGAUGUUUCUGAAGGCCCAGUUGCACCUAUUGUUAUUAUUCAGGAAACUUCUGAAACUGAUACUGAUGGGAGGGCGCCAAGCUCAUUGUCAGCAAAAUCAGCAAAAUCAGCAAAAUCUGCAAAAUCAAACCUUUCUCUAAGAUCUACAAAGUCCAAGCACUCUGAUGUUCCAACUGAAGCUACCUUGGUUGAUCACAAGGAACCUCUGAUAAGAGCUAUGAGCUCCCUGUCAGUUAAAUCAGCCAAAUCAGUGAAGUCAACAACUUCAACCGCAUCUAACAAACCCAAAGUUUCCAAACGCCCUGUUGAAAAUGGUGAUGAUAUGCACAUUAAAGGACCUGCAGAAGAAGAAACUAUGGACAGAGCAAGUGCAAAGUCAGUGAAAUCAGCUAAAUCAAACAUCUCUGCUUCAAAGUCAGCUAAUAGUGCUGUGUCCACGACAUCUGAAUGUCCUUCAGAGGUUAGUGAUGUUAUUCAAGAUCAAGGACAUGCUGCAGAAGGAAAUAUAAAGAGAUCAAAAAGCUCCAUGUCAGCAAAAUCCGCCAAGUCAAAUCGGUCUGUAAAAUUGGGAACCACAAUGGCAUCUCAAGUCACCCCUGAAAGUUCUGAAAGAUGCAUUGCUGAUGAAGGAUCUACUGAAGAGGAUAAUGCAAUCAGAGUAGCAAGUGCCCAGUCAAACACAUCUGUAAAAUCCAACCUCUCUAGAAAACCUAGCCCCUCAAAUGUAUCUGGAAGUAUCUUACUUGAUGUCGAGGCUGAAGAAAGACAGACAACUGUGCUGUCAGUAAAGUCAGCAAAGUCAACUUCUACUGCUGUAUCAAGAAAAACGAAGGUUUCUCACUGUGACAUUGAUGAUGUUAAUGAAGAAAUGACGAAUGAAACAGACAAAUCGUUCAUCUGUGCAAAGUCAUCAAUGAUCUCAUUUGUGAACAUAAAGGAUAAUGAAGAAAGGCCACCCAGUGCCACGUCUGCAAAGUCAAAUAUUUCAGCAUGUAAAAAAGUAUCAACCCCUUCCAAAGAUGCACUAACACAUACUGCGAAAGACCGACAAAGUCUGUCAGUCAGGUCAAAAAAAUCUAAAAUAUCAGAGAAACCAAAAACAAAAACCGAACCUUUGCUUAUAUCACACGAUGGCUCCGAGGAUGACAGUGAUUUGUCACAGUCACUUCCGUUUUCAGAUAUUGAUGAUGAAAAGUCGGACACUCAUCAGGCAGAUAACCAAUCAAAUUCAAAUGUCUUCAAUAGGACCAGAACAGGUUCAUCGCAACCGAAGACAGAAGAUCUUGUCCCAUCCAGGCUACCAAAUGCAUCACCCACAGAGGUUGUCAGUGAGUGGUUGAAAAACAUCCCAGCUGACAAUGUAAUGUACGACAAUGUAGACGAAUUUGACAGAAACUCAGAAGGACAUGAAAAUGUUGCGCUCACAGAGGGUAUCGGCACAAUGGUAGAGGUGGACAACACUGAGAAGUCUGCUGCAGAACAAGUCAUGAAACCUCAUAAAGCCAAUGGAGGGUUGACGAACAACAUCCCUGAAUCAAGUGAUCAGACAAACACCUCAAAGGAAGAAUAUACCUGCAACUGUGAUCUGACAAAUGACCCAUCAAAGGUCUUUCAGUCCUCGGUGCAGGUGAUGAAAGUGCUUUUAAGUCCAAAGACGGAUCGAUGUAACAGUUUACCUGAAAUUUCCCCAGUGUAUGGACGUAAACUAAGCACUUCUGCUCAAGGUCUCUUGGAUUGCCUUGUUAACUUGCAAUUAAUAGAGUUUGAUCCGGCUAAUGAAGAUGCCAAAGAUGAAAAAUACAGAGAGUUAAUGAAUAUCCUACAGUCCUUGUGGCUUUGUGAGCCUUCAAAAAGCGGACAAAGAGUAAAGCAUAAUGUUCAUCAUUCCCCAGACGAGGACUUAAAUCGUACAUCAUCAUCGGGUGUAGAUGUCAACAGUGGCUCCCCUGGCUCUGGGAACAGCAGCGUAAACAGUGGUGGCCAAACCAAUGGCAAUGUGGGGGUAGACACACUGAUGAAGGUGCAAGAAGUCAAUGAGGCCGUGGACGAAGCAAGUGUCGAAUCAAUAGCUGGGGCAUCAAAAGAGCUAUCACAAAACAUACACAGGGAUGCUAAAUUUUCACCAGAUAGACAAAUGGGACAAACAACAGACACUGAUCCAAAGGAAGACGAGCCCGGCUCAGAUGAAACAAUUAGAAAUAUGGACAGUCCAAGGGAAUUGCCAGAAACACCACAGAGUUCAGGAAGCACAAAUAGUUCAGGAAAUGAAAGUGGCAGUGUUGAGAAAUAUCCAGUAGUUGGCAGAGCCUGUCAAAAGGACAAGAUCCUCAAGAUUGCUCAAGAUCCUGAUCCCUUGUGGCUGUUGAAUUUACUAAACAAACUACAAAAGCAGUUCAUGAAGCAUUAUGUCAAUGCAAUGACAGAGUUCAAAGUGCGCUGGAACUUGGGUGAUAAUGAAGAGGUAGACGACAUGAUAAGUGAAUUAAAAGGUCAAGUCCGAAAAAGGAUACAAGCUAGUAUAGACAGUGAACUGAGGAAGGCCGAAGCCCGGGCUGGACAAGCAACAACUCAUAAAGAGGCCAUAUCAUGUAAUUCAACUGAGAGAAGUGAGGGACGAAGGAGUUUAAUAUCUAGGAAGAACACGGGCACAUCUUACAGUGACCAGCGCAGUGAAAAGGAUGACGAAUUCUGUGAAUGUGAAUCAUGUAAAAAUAACACAAAUGGAUCACAGCCUCAAAUCAUUGCCAAGGCUAUGCAUAUUGCCCCUCUAUUGAUUGCUUUUGACUUAGCGAGAAUUCUACAUUCCAAGAAAAGCGAUACUGCAAAUGCGCAAAUGAUUAUACCUACAGCGAACCUUGAACAUGCUGCCAAAACCGUGAAUGAAAAUAUAGCAGCAGAAAUUGUUGUAGGAAAUGUUAUUAUUGAUGCUGUGAGAGAAGUGAAGUGUAUUGGGCAGAAAGAACCGGCAGAAGAAACAUUUGAGAAAUUUGAAGAAAUCAAGGCUGAGGAUGAAACUGCAGAAGAAGAAACAUCUGAGAAGGAAAAUGCUGAAGCGCUUAUGGUUGAAGAGGAGCCAGCAGAAGAGCAACCAUCUGAGAAGCACAUCACUCAAGAUGAAGAAGAAACAGAAGAAACAUCUGAAAAGGACAAUGAUGAUGAGAUCAUGGCUGAGGAUGAAUCUGCACUAGAAGAAACAUCUACGGAAGAAAUAAGGACUGAGGACGAAACUAAAAUAGACAAUGGGGAAGGAAUCACUCGCGAAGAUGAAUCUGACCUAGAAAACACUUAUGAGAAGAACAAUGCUGAAGAAUCUGCAGAAGAAGAAACCUCUGAGAUGGACGAUGCAAAAGAAACAGUGCUUGAAGUUGGAACUGCCGAAGCAGAAACUUCAGUGAAGGGUAAUAACGAUGACGAUAUUGUCGAAAAUGGAACAGAGGAAGAAGAAAAAUCUGACCAGGAUCCUACUCAAGAAAUCAUGACUGAGGAUGCCGAAACACCAAUUUCUGAGAAGGACCACGGUGAAGAGAAAAUGGCAGAAUCUGCAGAGGUGUCUGAGCAGGAACAUUCGGAAUCAUCAAUGGCUGAGGAUGAAUAUGCCCUAGAGGCAAUAUCUGAGAAGGGCAGUGCUGAGGAUGCAAAAACUGAACAUUCUGAAGGAUCAAUGGCUGAGGAUGACACUGCACUAGAAGAAGAGUCUGAGAUUGACAGUGCUGAAAAGCUCAUUGCCAAGGAGGAAUCUGCAGAAGAUAAAUCAUCUGAGAACGAUCCUGCAGAGGAAAUUGUUUCUGAGGCGGAAACUGAAGAUGCAGAGGUCUCUGAAAAGGACCAUAGUGACCAAAACAAUGGUGAAAAUGAAACUGCAGGAGACGAAACGUCUGAGCAAGAGGAUGCUGAUGAAGCCACAGCUGGAGAUGAAUCUGCAUCAGAAGAAACAUCUGAUCAGGACCGGGAAGAAGAUAACAUGGCUGAAGUUGAAACUGCAGAAGGAGGAACAUCUGAGAAGGACAAUGAUGAUGAAAACAAUGAUGAAGAAAACAAUGAUGAAGAAAACAUUGAUGAAGCAAAUAAUGAUGUCGAAAACAAUGAUGAAGGUGGAGAAGAGGAAGCUACUGAGCAGGAUAACUCCAAAUACAACAUGGUUGGGGAUGCAGAUGAAGAGAUGUCUGAAAGUGAGGAAGAUGAAACUGCAGCGGAAGAAACUUCUGAGAAGGACGCUUCAGAGGACACCAUGGCUGAAGAUGAAACUGCAGAGGAGGAAACUCCCAAUCAGGUUAACACCAACGGAACAAUGACUGAAGAUGAAAUUGCAGAAGAAGAUACAUCAGAGAAGGACCCUUCAGAAGAGAUCAUAGCUGAGGCUGAAUCUGCAGUAGAAGAAACAUCUGAGAUUGACCCUUCAGAAGAGAUCAUAGCUGAGGCUGAAUCUGCAGAGGAAGAAACAUCUGAGAAGGGUGAAUCCAUGACUGAAGACGAAACAGCAGAAAACCAAACUACUGAGGAGGACAACUCCACAAACAAUGUGGCUGGGGAAAAAACUGCAGAUGAAGAAAUGUCUGAAAAUGACCAUGCUGAGGAAGAUAUUGAUGAAGAUGAAACUGCAGGAGAACAUACUUCUGAGAAGGAUAACGACAAAGAGAGUGUGCCUGAGGAGGAAACUGCAGAUGAAGUAAAAUCUGAGCAGGACAAUGCUGAAGAUGAAACUGGAAAAGAACCAACAUCUGGGGACGCUGUGGAGGAAAUACUGACUGAAGACGACACUACAGAAGCAGAAAUGCCGGAGGAGAAAAACACAGAAGAGAUCUUGGCUGAGGCUGAAUCCGCAGAGGAAGAUUCAUCUGAGAAGGAAUAUGCUGAAGAAACCACGGCUGAGAAUGAAGAUGUAGAAGAAGAAACUCCUGAACAGGUUAACACCAAAGAAAUCAUGACUGAGAAUGAAACUGUGGAAGAAGAAACCUCCAAGGCCGACACUGAAUCCGACUUAGGUAGUGGUGAAGGAAACACCUGUGAAGAUCUGUCUGACGAAGAGGAGGAGGACAUUGAAGCGGACAGACAUCAAGACAGUGAUGUCAUCAACACAACCGGAGGGGAAUCUGCUGGACAAGAGACUGAAUCAGGUAGCUGUGAAGCUGAGACAUGUGGAGAAGAGGAACAUGAGCUAAACCAGACCGCUGAAUGCCCUGAACCGGAUAUUGAGGUAAUACACGAUGAUCCAAAAGAACGAAAUACAUCUGCAGGAUCUGAAUCAAUAGGCAAAGAAGGAAAUGACCUGGAGUCUUCUAAAGUCGAGCAGCAGUCAGUGAAUCAAACUGCAGAUGAAGAAUUGGGGCCAGCCGAAACAGAGGCACCAGAAACUGAUGAAAACGACAGUGCCGAAGAGUCUACGGAAUGUGCAUCGACAGAAAAUAUAGACAAGGGUGAAAUGAGCGAGGAGCCAGUCCAUAUCGGGAAUCAGACUGACGAAAGCCAAAGACCAGCAGCAUCUGAAACCACUGGAGAUGGUUCUGAGGAUGAGGAUGACAUGGAAGCGAAGUCCUCAGAGGCGGUAUCUGCCCCUGAUGAGAUCGGAGAGGAUGAAACUACAGGGGAGGAAGAAGAAGCUACCGAUGAUGUUAAUGAGCCUACUGAAGAUGAAGAACAAUGUCAAACUGAAGAACACGAAGGAGAGGAACCAACAGAUGACCAAAGUUGUAUUACUAAGGAGGGUGAAGAAGAUGACAUGGUCAAAUCUUACGAUGCGACAGAUGGUCAAGAUGACGUUGAAGAGCUGAAAUCAGUUCUAGCAUCAGAUACAGAGGACCUUGUUGAAGACAUAUCAGUACACAACAUACAUGGAACAAAUGAAAUGGACAUGCAAGUGGAAGAACUAGAAGAUGACAACGAUAAUGAAACCAAGGAAAUCGUAGCUUCUUCCGGUGAAACGGUUAUUGGAGACGGAUGCCAGGAUGAAACCGAAGCACCCUUGGAGACGUCAGCAAAAGACGAGAAGGGCGCGGCGAUCGAGAACCAAGGAAAUUCUGCCGACGAUGAGGCAGAAGACGAAGACUCAGAUAAUCAAGAAGAGCAAGAAACUGACGAGGGGGAGAUAGUAGAACUUGUUUCCACAGAGACGAAUGAAGACAAAGAAGGCAACCAAGUUGCAGAGGCGAAAGCAUCAUGGACGCUGGACUCCUUAGUCAAAGUAAGCGCAGAGUCAGAGAGCGGAGCUUACGCUGACAUCGAAGAAUCCGAUGUCAGCGAAGUGAAUGCAGGAGACUCAGACAGUGUCGUAAAAAUCCCAUGAGACAUUGACAGAGACAGCCAGAAAAGCAACGAUGAGGGAAUAUUGGUAAAUAUAUUUAAAGAGAAACCUUGAGAGGAUACAGUUAGAGCUGAUAUGUAACAGACAUCAGUGAUGUCAGAGAAACUUCUGAGAAGAUUAGACCCAUCAAUGAGGGAAUAUCAGCAUGGAUCCAUCAGAGACGUUGUGAUCCCCAGGCAUUAUCUACCCAUGUGUCUAAAGUUAACUAAAGAAUGGCUUCGAAUGAGGGCAUGCACAUUUGUUAUUGGUGGAUUCAGGGAGGUGUCAAAUGUGUAUUCCUAAUUAAAUUCAGGUUAGUUAUUUAAAAAUAGAGCUUAUUUGUCAAGACCAUGCUGCUAUACUUUUAGGGUCGUUCAAGAUGGUCAUGUCAGUCACGUGAUUUAUAUAUAAAGCACUUUAUUACAUCAUUGCAGCUUUUGUGAAUGUUAGCCACAAAGAAGGAAAUCCAUUAAUACUUGAUAUAUUUAACUACUUCUUAAGUACUGUAUUCUGUAACAAUUGUCAACCUUAGACAAAAAUAAGGGUAUAUUUAAGGUAUUUAAAACACAGGCGUUUCGCAAUAGAUUCUACUGUAUCUACUUUACUGUAACUUGAGUCUGUUUAAUUCAAAUACUGUUAGCUAUUUAACAUAUUCAUGGAAUCCCUAAUAUAUAUGUGAAGAUACUUAUUGGCAUAUUUACAUGGUUGGUUUUAUUGCUUAAAUACAUAAAAGAAAACAAUAUAAUGUAUCAUAAUUGCAAUUUUGGACAAAUCUGCACAGAAAUCCUCCAUACAUAUUAUUUUUCUUUUUUCAAUUACCAGUUUAUCUGCACUUUAUUCAUCAACCCAAACCUCAACAACAAACGAUAUCUGUUGUAUUUAUGAUCCCCUUAUGGAAAGCCAAAAUGCUUUUGAAGCUUGUCAAUGAAGAUCAGUGGAAUGGACCUUUGCACACUUAUCCACCUGAAACUUUGCAAGUUAAUGAAAACAUUGUGUAGAGUAAAGCUACCUGCUAAAAAUAUGAUGCCACACACCAAUCCAAGGAGAUACGGAUAUCCUACCACCAGGGGCUUACCAACAUGGCUUGAACUUGAAAAUGCAGUUCAAGCCAUUUUUAUUUGAUGAUGAUAUUAAGUAUGUGUAUCUGAUAUGUAUGUGUCCAACACACAUUUUGAUCGCACUUGUAACUCAUUUGUUGAAUAAAAAUGUGCGUAAGUGA